CGAGAGCUGCCGCCACCGCCCUGCCGGGAGCCGCUCCCGCGUCGCGCCGCUUCCGGGCCGGGCCUCGGCUAUGGCGACGGGCGUCAGGAAGGCCGUGUGAGCAGGUACCCGCUGUUCCAGCUGGGCGGCCCGCAGCUGCGCAUCUUCCGGCCCAACUUCUUCAUGCUGGCGGUGCGGCCCGGCGUGCCGCAGCCCGAGGACACCGUCCAGUUCCGCGUCUCCAUGGAAAUGACAAAAGUGGAUAUCAAGAAUUACCUUGAAAAAAUAUACAAUGUGCCGGUAGCUGCUGUGAGGACCAGGAUACAGUAUGGUGCAAAUAACAAGAGGAAUCACAAGAAUCAGCGAGUGAAGAAGCCAGAUUACAAGGUCGCCUAUGUACAGCUGGGCCAAGGACAAACCUUUCAGUUUCCCAACCUGUUUCCAGAGAAAGAACAAGAUGCAGAAGCUCGCUCUUUUGAUGACUUCAAGGAUAAAUAUAUGGAGAGAGAGAAGCAGAGACAGAAAGGUGACCCGAGACGAGGUGGAGUCCCCGAUUGGUUUGGACUUUGAUGCAACAAGCCAGCUGCCU